UUUCUGUAAAGCCUCCAACCCCUCAUGGUCCUUCUUCCCAGCCCUGAGAAAAGUGUUGGCGAUUGUGUCUGUAAGAGUGGAAAACACCAAACUAACUGUCAGAUUGAGACACUAACAAUGUGACUUCCCUUCCCUUCAGCUGUAGAUUCCUGUGGCAACUGCAAAGAUUGUGUGUGUGCCUUCAGAAGACAAAGCACUUAUAUACGGUGUGUGGGAAAACCCGGCACAUUAAAGGCAGAACUAACUGAGCUAUUUGAAGGCCUGGAAUACAAUCAAUACUUCUUAGGCAAGAAAAAUCUUCUCUACAUUGAAUUCCAUUUUAAGGAAAUAAAAACCUCUUCUUUCUAACUGGGGAGAUGGCCCUUUGCCUGAAGCAAGUCUUUAAUAAAGACAGGACUUUUCGUCCCAGGAAGAAAUUUGAGCCUGGGACCCAGCGCUUUGAGCUGUACAAGAAAGCCCAGGCCUCACUUAAAUCUGGUGUUGAUCUCAAGACUGUAGUUCAGCUUCCUGUGGGAGAGAACCUCAACGAUUGGAUUGCAGUCAACACAGUGGACUUCUUCAACCGCAUUAACCUCAUCUAUGGUACCAUUUGCGAGUACUGCACUGAAAGGAGCUGCCCAGUAAUGACAGGUGGCCUCAAAUAUGAGUACCGAUGGCAGGAUGAGCACAAGUAUAAGAAGCCAACUAAAGUGACCGCACCGCAGUAUAUGAAUUUACUGAUGGAUUGGAUCGAGACCUUGAUCAAUAAUGAGGAGAACUUCCCAACCAGAGUCGGUGUUCCCUUCCCUAAGAAUUUUCAGCAGCUGUGUAAGAAGAUUCUGACCAGGCUUUUCCGAGUCUUUGUUCACGUUUAUAUUCAUCAUUUUGACCGGCUUACCACCAUGGGAGCCGAGGCUCAUGUGAACACCUGCUACAAGCACUUCUACUAUUUUGUGACUGAGUUUGAUCUGAUUAACGAACGGGAGUUGGAGCCACUGAAAUUGAUGACAGAGAAGAUCUGCUACUGAUACCAACGUGCUAGAGUCGAACUGUACCUCUCCAAUGUGAAAUAAAACCCAACAACUGAGCCAUUCGCUGUCUGAUGUGAAAAAAGUACAGUCACAAGAGUUAUGUCAUCCGGUUCCCUGCAAACCCAGAGAAAAUGUCAGUAUUGAAAUAUUAAUCAACAGAAUGUUUAAUAUUAAAGUUCGCUGGUGGGUACAUCUUCCUAAAUGCAUCUGUUAACCACCCUUCCCAGACUGCCACGUCUGUUCCUUAUUCUAAGCCACAGAAAACUAUACCACCCAGCUCUAGAUUGUCAGGAACUUAUCAGACAGGUUAGAAAAAACUGAUAGAAUAUUCUGCCUGAAUUAAUCCUUUCCUAUCAAAUCCUCUCAAUCAAUAUAAUGAUGCAUUGUUAAUUAAUCAUCUAUUACGGUCUGGUCUUAAUUUAUCUUUGGACAAAUUAUUUACAUGCACUAGGCAUACAGUAACAGAUAAAGGGAACAGUUCACUCAUGUUUGACAAAUCACUUGCUGACAUUGAAAAGUUUGCCUAAACAUAUAGAGUCAUUCCACUUCACUGUAAAACCCUAUGAAGCCAUUUGC